AUGUCUUUUUCAGAAAGAGUCUACAAUGUUUGGGACUAUUUUAAACUUCAAAAUGUGAACAGGAAAUUGUUCAGUAAAUCUGUUGAGAUAUGUAAAGAACUGGAUUAUGGAGAUGCCUGUGAUUACAUAGAGAAUGCUGACAAAACUGCCUCUCUGGUCUUUAUGAACAGAAAUGAUGCACUUCAUUACCCACUUCCCUUAAUGCCACAUGUUAUAUCUGUAGAAGGAUUUUUCCUAGAAAACCCAAAGCCUUUAGAUCAACACUAUGCCAACAUUAUUGAGAAAGCUGGAAAACAUGGGAUAAUUGUUGCGAGCUUUGGGUCAUUGUUCCGUAGACUCUGGCCAGAACUUCGUACUAUAUUUGCCAAAGCAUUUGCUGCUUUGCCACAAACUGUGAUCUGGAGUUAUGAAGGCCCCACACCUGAAGGUCUUGGAAAUAAUACGAUUGUGAGUAAUUGGAUACCUCAAGAAAGCCUAUUGAAUCACCCUGCUACUAAACUAUUUGUGACACAGUGUGGAGCUUCAUCCAGCUUUCAAGCUUUGCAUUACGCCCUCCCUGUGAUUGGAGUACCAUUCUUUUGGGAUCAGCCUUUCUAUUGCCACAAACUCUCCCAUAGAGUAAAAUCUGGUCAAACUGUUUCUUUGGAAGGAAUCACCAGCAAGAAACUUCAACGAGCCAUGAAGGAGGUUAUAGAGAAUAAAACAUACAAGGCGAAUGCUGACAGAGCUGCUGCUAUAUACCAUGAUCAACCCAUACCACCAAAGGACAAACUUGUCUACUGGGCUGAAUAUGUAAUACACCACAAGGGUGCACCCCAUUUACGAUCCCAAGCUGCUAAUGAACUGAAUUUCUUCCAACACUAUUUGCUCGACAUCAUAGCACUGGUGUGUUGUGUUUGCAUUAUCAUUGGAACAGUUCUGGUAAUUAUAACCAAGAAAGUCAUUCUUUUCAUAGUCUCUUACCAGAAGGACAAAUAUGAUUAAUAAAGUAAUAUUUACUAGACAUUAAAAUUGAUGGUUUUGAGGCACAAAUCUCCUUUUGCAGGAUAGACUGAACCAUGAGUAAUGACUUUUAUAUGCCAAUUAGCUUUUGAAGUUUCAGGUUUUAUCACUUGAGAUGUUGAAUGAUGUUGGAAUUGUUUAAGAAAUUGGCACUUAACUCAUAUUUUUUCACUACACACCUUUUGAGGUUCCAGCUACAGUAUUGAUUGUUGAGAAAUAUAUAUUGAAACCACCCAUAGUUUCUUGAUGACCAUUGUGAAUUAUUGUGUUUUAUGGAUUAUGGCCACGGCUUGGGGAAUGGUUGUUGGCCCUUUGAAAUUCCCAUGAACUCCGUGGCUGGAUUUUGUCUUUACCACGUCAUUUGAGAGUGAUUAUGCUCUGUUUGUAUGAAUACUUGUAUCUACAGUUCUAUUUUUGAUGUUACACACUUAAAUGUAACUUCAUUCAGUGGUGGAGGGUGGCCCUCAGGGAGGUACAUGGGCCCCCAGGGGACUAUCCUAUAUUACUGAAAUUAUGAUUAAUAUCUUUCUAUUCUGGAUGUACAGUACCAACUUUGGGGAAGGUUCAGAGUUUAAUGUGUAAUGUGUAACCAUUUUUUCCACUUCUAACCGAACCAACCUUGGGGAAGGUACCCUUUAUAAAGCUGAUUUAAUUCUCUGGUUUCUAAAGUAUUUCUCUG